CGACGGCGGCAGAGACAACCGCGGCGGUAGUGUUGGCGAAUUCCGCUGCUGCAGGUCCCGCGGCGGCGCCUGUGAGGGACCCGGGCCACUGCCCGAGGCGGACAGCACGCGGCGGGCGGCGCUCGGCGAUGGUGGGCGUCUCUGGAGCGGCCGCCUUCCAGCUUGGUCCUGAGAAAAGGGUGCCAGCAAUGCCUGGGUCACCUGUGGAAGUGAAGAUACAGUCCAGAUCCUCACCUCCCACCAUGCCACCCCUCCCACCAAUAAAUCCUGGAGGACCGAGGCCAGUGUCUUUUACCCCUACAGCAUUAAGCAAUGGAAUCAACCAUUCUCCUCCUACCCUGAAUGGUGCCCCAUCACCACCACAGAGAUUCAGCAAUGGUCCUGCCUCUUCCACAUCAUCUGCACUAACAAACCAGCAGUUGCCAGCCACUUGUGGAGCUCGGCAGCUCAGCAAGUUGAAACGCUUUCUCACUACUCUGCAACAGUUUGGCAAUGACAUCUCACCUGAGAUUGGGGAGAAGGUGCGGACUCUUGUUCUAGCAUUGGUGAACUCAACAGUGACAAUUGAAGAAUUCCAUUGUAAGCUCCAAGAGGCCACAAACUUUCCUCUGCGUCCUUUUGUGAUUCCAUUUCUCAAGGCUAAUCUGCCCCUGCUGCAGCGAGAACUGCUACACUGUGCUCGGGCAGCCAAGCAGACCCCGUCCCAGUACCUGGCUCAGCAUGAACACCUUCUUCUCAACACAAGCAUCGCAUCUCCUGCUGACUCUUCUGAGCUGCUCAUGGAGGUACAUGGAAAUGGGAAGAGGCCCAGUCCAGAGAGAAGAGAAGAGAACAGUUUUGAAAGAGAUACAAUUGCUCCUGAGCCUCCUGCCAAGAGAGUGUGUACCAUUAGCCCUGCUCCCCGGCACAGUCCUGCCCUCACUGUACCCCUCAUGAAUCCUAGAGGCCAGUUCCAUCCUACUCCUCCACCUCUUCAGCAUUAUACCUUAGAAGAUAUUGCAACUUCUCACCUGUAUCGGGAGCCCAACAAGAUGGUAGAACAUCGAGAAGUUCGUGAUAGGCACCACAGUCUUAGUCUAAAUGGAAGCUAUCAAGAUGAGUUGGUAGACCACCGUUUGACAGAAAGGGAGUGGGCUGAUGAAUGGAAACAUCUUGACCAUGCCCUGAAUUGCAUUAUGGAAAUGGUAGAGAAAACACGACGCUCCAUGGCAGUUCUGCGGCGUUGUCAGGAAUCUGAUCGCGAAGAACUCAACUACUGGAAAAGACGAUGUAAUGAAACCACAGAGAUGAGAAAAACGGGGACGGAGUUGGUCUCUAGACAGCACAGCCCUGGGACUGCAGAUUCUCUCAGCAAUGAUUCUCAGAGGGAAUUCAGCAGUAGGCCAGGUACAGGAUACGUACCUGUGGAGUUUUGGAAAAAAACGGAAGAAGCUGUGAAUAAGGUGAAAAUUCAGGCCAUGUCAGAAGUCCAGAAGGCCGUCGCUGAGGCAGAACAGAAAGCCUUUGAAGUGAUUGCAACUGAGCGAGCUCGAAUGGAGCAAACCAUAGCAGAUGUCAAGCGGCAGGCUGCAGAGGAUGCCUUCCUGGUCAUAAACGAGCAAGAAGAGUCCACGGAGAACUGCUGGAAUUGUGGCCGCAAAGCUAGUGAGACAUGCAGUGGCUGCAAUAUUGCACGAUACUGUGGCUCUUUCUGCCAGCACAAGGACUGGGAGCGGCACCACCGUCUGUGUGGCCAGAACCUGCAUGGCCAGAGUCCCCACAGCCAGAGCCGGCCACUGCUUCCUGGAGGGAGGGGCUCCUCAUCCAGGUCUGCUGACUGCAGUGUGCCCAGCCCAGCACUGGACAAGACCUCUGCAACCACCUCGCGUUCCUCAACACCUGCUUCUGUGACAGCCAUUGACACCAAUGGCCUCUGAGCCCAGGCUCCACUUAUCCUGGUGACCACUCAGCAUGACAGAACAUUUGCAUUAGGGGUGGGGGAGGCAGGAACUAGUGCAAGUAGCUGUUGGUCAUCAACAAGGAAUGCAAUGGAGGCAGAAAGAGUCCAUGGCCUCUCUGGACACUUGCUGUCUAGGUCCUUUUGGAACAAGAGUGCCAGUCUCUCUGCACACAGACAGCUGGCCUGAACUGUCUCCAUAUCUUUCCUGGUUUGUUCCUCUCCCAGCUGAAGCUGGCUUAGCCAGCCCCUUUUCCGUGUAGACCACCAGCUCCCUCCCUGCCUCCUUGAGUCAGCAGAAUGUUGAGUGUGCCAACCCAGGCUAGAGGUAGCUCAUGCUAUCUCCCACUCCAUCUCUGGUCUUCAUGUUGCAGAGGCCUGGAAGCUGGCAGCAGGCUAGAGAGGAGUCCUCCUUGGACGGGGGGUAGCCCCUCUUUAUCCCUAAAAAGCUUCUUAAGCCCCAUUUCUACACUCUGCAGGUGACACUGAUUGGCCUUACAGGGACUUAGGUAGUCAAAAAGUGGACCUCAGGACUCUAUCCUCAACCCUGCUAUUCAGACUUGUUAAAAUAAUCAAUAGGAAGGAAGUCACCAUUUCAGUAAAAGCCCUCAUAACAAGAAAAAAUAAAGAAAAAUUUCACCAAGCGUUACAGAUCACUUGGGACAAGAUUUUCCAAUAUGGCUGGCUACUUCAGUGUGGGACCCAUUUUUUUCUGUCUCAUUUGAUUUUGCUUGUGCAGAAAACUGUUUCCAACGCAUGGGUUGGUCUGAGGGAGAAUGAGAAUUCAUUGUGGAUAGUCUGUUCUCUCUGAGCACGUUGGCCAAACUAGAAUUGCCAGGUUAUCAAGUAGAUCAUCUCUUGGAAAUUCACAGCCUCCUGCCACUGCCUGUUGCACAGUCAUCUUACUCUGUGUCCUUUUAUCUCUCAGACUGCACGUCUGGAGCACCCUGGGCACCUUUUGCCACGGCUUCUAUUUGGCACUUGUGAAGCUGCAGUUGUCCCACUGGAUAUGCUAUGGUGUGUGGAUAGGAUUCUCCCCACCUGUCAAGUCCUGGUCUCACCUGAGCAGCUCUCCUGGACGUGAAAAAAUUCUACAAACCUCAUAAUUCCAUGUCAUUAUAGCUACUUUGUUGAUUUAUUAUUAGACAUGCAAUCUCCAUUUUCUUUCUGUGUGUUAUCUGAUAGCUUCUCUUUUUCAAUCCAGAAAGGUUUUGUCAAAUGUAGGAACCAUGUUGGGAAAGCCUGAUCUAUUUUUCUUCCCAUCUUUGGGGAGUUUCCAGCUACUUACCUGGCUCACCAAACAUGACAUCAUCUAUACUCCUUUCAAAAUGUUAGAAACUGGGGCAGUGCCUGUGGCUCAGUGAGUAGGGCAC